AUGGGAGAGGAAUUGCGCUGCCUGCAAAUGCCCACGCAGGAAUGCCGAGAGCUUCCAGCAAUGAGUUCAGGCCUUCCCCAAAGCCCCAGGCAUGAAAAAUCCCUUGGCCCUCCCAAGUUUGGAAUGCUGCCAACACUGUGGACCAAGUUUGGCCACUUGUUUUUGCCUGGCCUGGGACUUGUAAGAGGUGUGCAGCACAAAGUUAAGAUGAAAACUUCCAUCGCGCCAGUCGCACAGAAGCUGAGACCCCUACCAUUUUCAGUCCGCCAGCCGGUAUUUGACGAGAUUGAGAAGCUACUUGCUGCUGAUGUCAUUGAGAGAGUCAAUGCUUCCGAGUGGGUAUCUCCUAUUGUAGUAGCCCGCAAAGCAGAUGGUAGCAUUCGACUGUGUGUCGAUCUCCGGGAACCAAGAAAGCUAUCGUAG